AUGCGCUGGCCAAUCCUGAUCGCUUUCUGUCUUCUUGCUCUCUUGGGGAUUUCUGCGGCCAACGGCCAACGUCUAUGCCCGUGCCCUAGAAUCUGGAGGCCGGUCUGCGGAUCGGAUAACGUAACCUACGUCAACGAUUGCGAACUCCAAUGUCAAGCAAAGGACAAACCAAUUACACAGGUCAAGGAAGGAAAAUGCUAG